AUGUCCUCUAACCUGUUAGACUGGAAGUCCUCUACAUACAACAGAUCUCCUACAGUUGGUGGCUUUGAAGAGUGCAAGCAAGUGUCAUCUCCUAUCCAGACCUUUCCUUCCGCUGAACUGCAUGUUCAGUGCACUGCUUUAGAUAGGUUGACAGGUGGUUCAACAAUUGUCCUGCAUCAUCCUGGUGCUACACCUCCAGGCUUGGACAUCUCUCCUGAGAACCUCAAGGCUGAAGUCUAUAUCAAUCCCAAAGUGCUCUCGGAGCAUCGUGAGCUUCACUUGGUUGUCGCUCAAAUUUCUCAACUCUUCAUCGCUAACUACGCAACACCUUUGGCCCAAGCCUUCGCAGAAAAUCGUAUUCGCAACAAUUGGAAAGGCAGUGGCCCAGUCUCUCAAAUGCCUUCGAAAGGCAAAACAACGUCAAAAGGCAAACAAGCUGAUACCACACCUCUUAUUCCCUCACCUAUUUCACCAUCAUCAGCGCAUUUCACUUUUUAUGGACGUCCUCGAGGCUCUUUAGAAGGUCUCAUGACUUCGACCUCCAAUAUCUUAUUGUAUAUACCAUCCUACGACAGCAGAAUCACGUGGAAGCCAACUCAGAUCCGAUUAAUGCAUACUCAGGAGAGCAAGGGUCAUCAGGUCCGCAAAGAGGGACCAAGUAGGAGGACUGUCGUAUUAGCACAUGAUCACAGUGCAUGUCAGGCCUGGAGACAUUACCCUCCUACAACUCCUACGAGGAGCAAAAGCACAUCCUUCAAAUUACCCACACCCACGUCGAUCACUGCUAGGCCCCCAUCUGAUUUGCGGCAUUAUAGUGUGCUGACGCUUGUUCCUUUUGGGAAUGAAACGGAGGUAGUCCUAGAAGAGCUAGGCUACCCAGAUCAUUUUCAUCAGGUCUGCAUAUCAAUCGGCAAAGAUUACCUUCCAAAGCGGUGGUUUUUGAAAUUGCAGGAAGUUGCUGAGAUCUUGGAGGAGCACGCAGAGGCUAUUGCAAAUGCUAUGUUGACUGAUUCUCAGGAACUGCUCGCUCGCACAAUCCUCGCUGGUUGGUUCCUUGAACACGCACCCCAAUUUGGCAGUCUAAGUUUAAACAACCUCGACUGCCGCUACCUUGAGAGGUUAUCGCUUGGUUCUGUUAUCCACCACCACAAACGCAACAAGACAAGUGCCUGGCAUGCCUAUAUGCACUUCAAAGGCAUCCAGAACAAUGCCAACAAAAGCUUCAGUGAGAAGUCAAAUAUCGCUGAUCUCGCGAAGGGCGAAACUAAGUACCAUCAACUUACCACUGAGGAGAAGGCGCAGCUUAUAAUUGACUUUGACAAAGUCAAGAAGAGUUCUCAGGAUCGUCCUCCGAACAUCACUACUAGAUCGCGUGCUGCUAAUGUUCCCAGAGCUUCCAGUUGGUGA